AACUAUAGGGAUAGCAAGUGGAUGUAAGAUUAGAGAUAUUCUUUUUUAUUUCACUGGAGCACUUUUAGGGUAAUGUUUGAAGCAGAAGUUAAUGGAAAGCUAUUUGGAUUUAGCUAAUGUCAUUGAAUGUGACUUUUCCUUUUGUACUAGAUAUCCCAAUGUCAGUAUGAAUGUUUCUCACCAAAACUCCCGAGAUCCUGUGUAGUGUCGGCUAUGACGAGAAGAUAGACGUAUGGUCAGCGGGAGUCAUUCUCUACAUCUUAUUGUGUGGCUAUGAGCCGUUCAGUGACGAAUCGGACGAUGACAAAGUGAUGUUCAAGAAGAUCCUCAAUGGCGCCUAUGAGUUCCAUGCUCCCGAGUGGGACGAAAUUUCAGAAUCUGCUAAGGAUUUAGUGCGUAAGAUGUUAGUUGUGGAUCCGGCCAAGAGACUGUCUGUGAACGCAGCUGUGAAUCACCCCUGGAUAGUGGGCGAGACGAAGUCCACCAAGGAGCUGCAUGACGUUACAAACAAACUACGUCUAUUCAACUCCAAACGCAGAUUAAAAACUCCGAUGAACGCCAUCGCUGUCGUGAAUGCUUUCAAGUUCGGAAAUCAUCACCUCCGCAAUGGCAGCGCCUAGUUUCUUCGGCUGAAACAACAAAUGUCAACGACACUCACUCAAGCUGUACAUAUCAGUGGAAUCUCACGUCACAACUAAUAAAAAUUCAUCCCUCUUAUUCACAUAUCCUCAAUUUUAUCACUUCGGAAGCCCAAAAUUUGUCCUGGAACUGCCAGCCUUGUGCCAUUUACAGCGACAAGAAGUUAUGCGGAGCAAAUUGCGUCCCAUUUUUGUCUUUUUUAUUUUUGAUUUUGAGUCCUCUGUUUAAGCGCAAACUUCAGGCUAAACUAAUUUUCCUCAGUUUAAUUUGUAAAUCAUUGAAUAAAUUUAACAGAAUUGUACAUUUGUAAUUUUCCGAUUGAUUGUUUCAUUUAUUAGAUUUAAAUUUUGAUCCCUACAAUCUUCUUUUGAA